AUGUGCAGGAUUGGAGAGAGCCAGCGAUCAACUGGUUCCCCUGUGCAAGAGACGUGCACUUACCGUGUGUUAUCUGAUGCGGCAAUGAUCAGGCCACGGAGAUCAUCCAAUAAUGAGUGGCAGGAUUCCCGGACUGGACGGAUGAGGCCACUGAUUAUCAAUCUCUGGCGGAACCCAAAAAAUGAGAGGGGAGAAGGCGCAAACAGCUGGACACUGAGACACCGAGACACUGAGACGCAGGAGGCAGGACGGUGGACGUUGAAGAGAAGGAUCGUCGAGGGCUAUCAAUCUACAGGAUCCGGGUCUGUCAGUCUAAUCGCAAUGCCGAGGAUCGCUAUCUCAUCUAAUCUCUUGGUCUGGGUCCCGCGCCCGGGUCUGAUUGAAUGGUCUUCCGGCGUUAGGAGGUAA